UUGUGAUCGUUUUAACAACAACAUUUUCACAAAAACAGAGCAAACCUCAAUGGAAGCUGCAAUCAAGGUUGAAUGUGAAGCUCAACCCUCAAGCUCUUCUCAUUCUCAUUCACCUUCUUCCAGAGCUAAUGAAAGCAAAAGAAAGGUGGUUAAUGAUGAGAAGCAUCUAACUUAUAGAGGAGUAAGAAUGCGUCAAUGGGGGAAAUGGGUUUCGGAAAUAAGAGAGCCCAGGAAGAAAUCGAGAAUUUGGUUAGGGACUUAUGCAACUCCUGAAAUGGCUGCUCGAGCUCAUGAUGUUGCCGCUCUUGCAAUUAAAGGCCACUCGGCUCACCUAAAUUUCCCGGAAUUAGUUCACCAGCUUCCCCGUCCGGCCAGUUCAUCGCCCAAGGACAUACAAAUUGCUGCUGCAAAAGCAGCUGCUUUAACCUACCCCAUACCCCAUGCCCAUCAACUUGAACAUCCACUCUCCCCAGAGAGUACUGUGGCUUCUCAAGAAUCCUCAACCUCAUUAUUAUAUAAUAAUAAUUAUGAAGAUGAUGCAUUCUUUGGCCUUCCCGAUCUCUCACUUGAUGGAAUUCAUCAAAUUGAUGAGGUUUGGGACUCUUUUGCAUGGCAGCUAACCCAAGCCGAACCUGUUGAUUAUGGAUUCUGGAGGAGUUAUCCCAGCACAAUCUACCGCUGCAGUCACAGGUAAAUCAUGGCAACGGUAAUGAGAUGAGAAAUUAAGUUCAAGUUUGAAUGUUCGAUUACUGUUUAGACUCUGUAUUAAGUAAUUUUGCUUCUUGUUCAAAUAUUUGAUAUGACCGUACAAUAUUGUACAUAUAUGUAAAAGAUAUAUAUGACAAAUUUAAUACGUUUUAGGUUUAUGUUUCUAUUUGUCGCAAUUAUCCAGAUGGGUUAGGUUUCUUAUCUUUUAUGGAUUUCAAACUCUUUUAAUUUAAUUUUCCAAGACCUAGUAGUAAUACUGUACUGAUGACAAUUACUGCAAGGAAAUAUAUCAGCAAUCAGCAUGAGUUUGACA